AUGGACGCAGAAGUGUCCAGCAUACCAGACGAUACGGCAAUGGCCGCGAAUACCGCCGCUCUGGCUUCAUUAUUCUACAAUAGCGACUUUUCAGAUGUGACCAUCAAAUGCCAAGCGCGAGAGUGGAAGUUGCACCGAGUAAUUCUUGCAUCGAAAUGCGACUUCUUUCGGGCGGCCUGUGGCGGGCAGUUUAAGGUGAGAUAUCUCAAGCUCAAGGACCUCGUGUCUGCUUCAGACCAGCUAACAGCAACUGUCCAGGAGGCGAUCACAGGCGAGAUCGAUCUCAGUGACGAUGAUCCAGAAGCUCUAGACAUCGUCUUCCGCUACAUCUACACCGACUCAGUCGUAUGCAUUCAGAAAGAUCUGCACGACGACUUCAUGCCGCCGGGCUACUUAGUCACGCUACUGGAGACCGCUCGAUCAGCCGACAAAUAUGGCCUUCCCGGGCUUGCUCUCGCGGCACAUGAUCAAUUGAGACAACACUUUCAUCGACCGAUCGGUCCUACUGUUGGGAGCUUCGUACGCAUAGACGUCGCGAAGGAAAUCGAUCAAGUCCUACUGCUUCUACACAGACUAUGGGAAGACGAGCAAAAUGCGAAGGAGGCGGAGCUACGGAAGUUUAUGCUGACUGAGCUUUUUGCUGGACUGAAAGGCGAGGACAGAAAGUGGUUCUUCCGGUCAAGCAUUAAAGGCCAUUGGCAACACAGCCCGGCGGAUUCUAAGGGUUGCACAGACAAGCAGACACGCCAAAUUGCCGUAAUCGACGAUCUUUUCAAUCGACACCCACAGUUCGCGUUCACCAUCAUGAAGAUAGUUUUUGACGAGACCGGCGAAUUUUUGAGGUACGUCGAUGAUCGCCAAGCCGCAGUGUGCAAACUUGAGCAAACCGAAUCGGUGCUCAAUGCCACAAUCGAGGAACUCACCGACACGAACCAAGACCUGCGCGGUGAAGUUGCGGACUUGAAGACCAAGCUUGGGGCCGCACAGCAAUAG